CCGACACCUUAAUCAAUAGAGCGGUAAAAUUUAAAAAAUAAGUUCAAAAACAAUAAAAAAAAAAAACAAUAAGGCUAUUAUUAAUAAAUAAUUUAAAUUAAUUUGUACAUUAAUGAUAUUUAUAUUUAAAAUUAUUUAUAUUAUUGAUGAGAAGACACUAUACAAAUUUUUUUUUAACAAACAAAAAUAAAGUAGUUUUAUGAUUUAUUUAAAAAAUAUAAUCAAUUGAUUAAUCUUCAGAUUCAUGCUCAAAUUCAACGUUAUAAAUAAACACGACAAGAACAGGAAAGCACUGGAAAAGACGCUAGAUUGAAGAUUCGCUUUAAACUAGCUGCAGCUGUCGUCCAUUAUAAACACUGCCUGUAAAUAGAAGAAAAAAAAAUUAACAAACGAAAACAUCAAUUAUUAAUAAAUAAAUAAAAAUAUAUUCACCUUUAUACUGGUAAUGAUAAAGAAUUAUUAAUUAUCAUAAUGUCUGCACCACAAGUAGAGCAAUAUGUUAAUCAUGUAAACAUUCUAACAAAUCAAGAAAAAUUUCAUGAACUUGGUGAAAUAAUAAGUAAAUCAAUUGAGCCAUUAGCUAAAAAUUUACAACACUUGGACGCAUCAUUGGAGAGUCUUGAACUUCCCAAGCAUUCAUUGGGUAUUCUUGCUGUUCUUGUUGCAAAAUUUAAUUUGGCAAUUCAAAAUAUUGCCAGUAAUCCAGAUGCUUGUAAGGCAUUAUUUAUUCAGUUCAAAGAAUUUAUAAAUAAAUGUGCUAUUAAUCAAGUUAGAUGUGCACCAGAAUUAUUUGCUGAACUUUGUCAUGUUUUUACUCAAUCACUUGUUGAAUUAAAAAUACCAAUUCAAGGUAUUGAUAUACUUUGUCAAGCAAUUAAAAAAUAUCAAACAUCAAACAAUCAAUUAACAUCAAUUCAUUCGGAUUUAUAUAAAUUAUGUUUAUUGGCAAAAUGUUUAAAGCCAUCACUUGAAUUUAUAAAUGUUGAUGUAACAAGUAUUAGUAAUGAAUGUGGACAACAAGAUUCAAAAUAUUUUCUUCUUUAUUAUUAUUAUGGUGGUAUGAUUUAUACAGCAUUAAAAAAUUAUGAUCGUGCUUUAUAUUUUUUUGAAGUAUGUAUAACAGUACCAGCAAUGGCUGUUAGUCAUAUUAUGCUUGAGGCAUAUAAAAAAUAUAUAUUAAUAUCAUUAAUGAUACAUGGUAAAAUAAAUGACAUACCAAAAUAUGCAAGUCCAGUAUUGGUUAGAUUUAUAAAACCAUUGAGUCAACCAUAUCAAGAACUUUCUGUUGCUUAUCAAACACACAGUUGUGAAGAUGUACAAGGUGUUAUUAAUAAAUAUCAAGAUAUAUUUAUUAGAGAUAAUAAUCGUGGUCUUGUUGGACAAGUUUAUAGUUAUUUAUAUAAAAAAAAUAUACAAAGAUUAACUAAAACAUUUUUAACAUUAAGUGUUACUGAUGUUGGAAGUCGUGUACAAUUAUCUGGACCAGCUGAAGCUGAAAAAUAUGUUUUAAAUAUGAUUCAAGAUGGUGAAAUAUUUGCAACAAUUAAUCAUAAAGAUGGAAUGGUUGUAUUUCAUGAUGAUCCAGAAAAAUAUAAUUCACCACGUAUGUUGGCACGUUUAGAAAAAGAAAUGGCAAUAUGUGCUGAACUGGAUAAAAAAGUACUUGAACAAGAAGAACAAGUUAUGCAAAUGCCACAAUUUAUACGUAAAACAUGUGGACAACUUGAUCAAGAUGAUAAUUCAUCAAAUUUAUCAAGUAACAAUGUUAGCCAUAUAAUGUCUAAACAUAAUCCAUAUUCAAUGUAAUAUUUUUUUUUCCUUUAAAAUUGUCUUCAGCAAUGCUCAAAUGAUGCUACUAAAAAGUGUAAUGAGAUUAAUGAGACAAAUAUUAAUUAAUUAUUAAAAUAAAUACAAUAAAUAAUAAAAGUUUUUUUAUGAAGAA